UCCAAAGGUUCAACUUAUGGAUUGGAAGCUGAUCGUCUUUGUGCUCACAGGAGCACUGCUCAGUGUUGCCUUCGCACAGACUCGUCAGUACUACUUUGUGAACACGCAGCUGAACUGGACUAGUGCUCAGAGUGUCUGCAGACAUGACUUCACUGAUCUGGCAACCAUAGAAAACACAGAUGACGUCAAUGCUGUUGUUAGCACCACAUCAACCUUUACAGGCAAGGCUUGGAUAGGUCUCCAAGAUGACCUGGUAAACAGCUGGAGAUGGUCCCUAAAUGACAGCAGCUUCUACGGUGAAGGAGAGACGACAUUCAGAAACUGGGAUUCUGGCCAGCCGGACAAUUUUGGUGGAACACAGUACUGUGUGAGUCUUGGAGCUAAUGGCAAAUGGGAUGACAUGAACUGCAGUGAGCAGCAUAAUUUUGUGUGCUACAAUGGCACAGUGAACGGCACACCAUCUCUCGUUUUCGAUCAAACUUUGCUCUUAAAUUGGACUGAAGCUCAGCAAUUCUGCAAGCAGAAUUAUGUUGAUCUGGUCAGCAUACGAAAUCAAACUGAAAAUAACAUCAUCAAAGACAUAGCAGGUGGAUCUACUGUGUGGAUCGGUCUGUACCGGUAUAAAGAGUGGUCUGAUGGCAGCAACUCUCUGUUUCAAUACUGGGCUAACGGUCAGCCAGACAGUGGCUCACAGCAGUGUGUGGCAGCAGAAUUCGGUGACUCAGGAAAAUGGUCAGAUGAGGACUGUAGCCAGAGUUUACCGUUCAUCUGUUACACACCAACUGCAAACUUCAGAUUAUCAGGAAAAGAUGAGACCAUUUAA